AUGUCAGCGAGACCUUCCGGAUAUUAGUAAUUUAAGGAUGAACAAGUCAAUGUUAAUAUUGUCAAACAAAAACCUGAAGAUGUAUAAGCAGGAACUCUUUGCAAAGGAGGUAAUGCAGAUUUUCCAAUUGAUUAAAUUCCCCCCAACUUUGAAUUGGCUGAGCUUCAUAGCUAAGCUUGGAAUGUAGGCACAACAAAAUUAUCUAAAAGUCAAAAAAGAAAAUUACAACGACACCAAAGUAGUACAUAACAAAACAACCAAGAUGACCUUAUUGGAAAGAUUUGUGAUUGCUGUGCAAGAUAAGUGCCUAAUCACUUGUUAUCGAUAGGUUGCAAUAAUAAGGACUAUUCAUUUUUAGGGGCAGGUAUGCCAUUAUAUUUUGAAUAUAUAAAAUCUUGUAUUUUGAUGCUUUUAAUUAUGUUUGUGACCUCAGGAGAUUAUAAUAUUAUAACCAACAUUGCAUUUGGAACAUCGUGCAAAGCUUUGGAAGAUCAUAAAGGUUAGGAGAUAGAUGAAAAGACAUUUUGCCAAAGAAAUUGGGUUACAGAAUCUUCAUUAGCAAACAAGAGGAAUGGAUCGGAGUUCAUAGAUCUUUAACAGAUGUUAAAUUUAAUAUCAAUGAUAACAUUGAUAAUAUUGUUUUAGUAUUUUAGAAAAGAACAAAGAGCUUUUGAUGCAGAAAUUGAUUCAUAAACACAAUAUGCUUCUGAUUUUACUGUUUUAUUAAAGAAUAUCCCAACAGAUCCAACUGGACUACAAAAUGGCGAUUUUGAUGAUGAUUUAAAAAACUUUAUGGAAUAACAUAUAUCCAAAUACAAAAAACUACAAGAAAUUAUAGAUUACGAAUAGGAUAGAAAGUAGUAUCAAAUUUAAACAAAAAAACCAGUUACAGAAUUGAAGAGAGUUGUUGCUGUGAACUUAUGCUAUAACCUAGAUGAUCAAUACUAAUUGGAAAAAUCAAAGUAAGCAAAAAUAGUCUUGAAGCAAAAGAUAUUAUCUAAUUUGUAUGGUUAAGGCAAAGACCCAUUAAGUUCUGAUGUGAAAUCAGAUCCCUAAGUUAAUUAAAUUGAUAAUGAAAUAUCUGAGAUUGAAAACUAAUUGGAAGCUCUAGAAAAGAGAUUUACAGAAGGAAAGGAUGUCAAGAAUUACUUUUUAGGAUAAGCCUUUGUUACCUUUCAAUGGGAAAAUGAUGUCUAACAAUUACUAGAAGAAUACAAACUUUCUAAGAUUUAAAGAUUAUUUGGAAAGAAAAGUCAAUUAGUUUAUCGAGGUGCCAAUUUGAUUGUAGAAGAACCACCUGAACCUACUGAUGUGUUUUGGGAGAAUCUACACAUUACUACAAAAUCAAAAGUAUUUAGGAGAUUGUUUGGUUAUGCAAUUACAGCUCUUAUUUUAAUUUUAUGUGCAGGAUUAAUCUAUUGGUUGUCAGCCAUAUAAGCUGAGAGUGCUGAAGAAUAAGCCUUGGCAGUUAAAUAAGGAGAUUUAAAACCCAAUAUCAAAGUCAAGAUUAUUGCUUAGGUUGCCUCAAUUUCAAUUAUUGUGAUCAAUGCAUUACUUGCCAUGUUUAUAAAGAACAUAUCACUUUUUGAAAAGUUCUCUACUUAGACAGGUUUUAACAUUAGUUUGGCAAGUAAAUCAAGCAUGGCUUAGUUUAUAAAUACCGCCGUAAUUACUUUUGCUAUUUCUACUUGGGUAACCAAGAAUAUUUAUGGGGCUGGAGGUUUAGUUUAUAAUCAAACUUAUGUGUUUAUUUCUAAUGCGUUCAUCCCAGGUAUUAUACAACUCAUAGAUGCUGGAACAAUCUCUAAAUGGCUAUUUUAAUAUCUAGAAAAGAAAAAAGGAUCGAAAUCAAUCAAAACACAAUAACAAUUACAUGAAUUAUUCGAAAAGCCAGUAUUUGAUAUUUCUACAGCUUAUGCAACUAUUCUGAAAAAUAUGUAUGUCGUUGCAUUCUAUGCUUCAGUCAUACCUCUUGCUUUAGUAAUUACUUGUGUAGCAUUAUUGGUUCACUACUGGGUUGAAAAAUACAAUAUUGCAAGAAGAAGAACAAUUAAAUAUAAUUAUAGUUCUCAAAUGUCAAUAGAAAUGAUAGAAUAAUUAGAGUUAGUCUUGCCUAUCUAUUGUAUGACUAAUUUGUGGUGGGAGUAUGUAUUCUUAGAAUCAAUUUCAACUGAAGCUAUAAUUGGAAUAUGCUUGGGAGUUGGAAAUGCAAUCUUGCCUAUGCAUGAAAUUAAUGAAAGCAUGUUUUCAAUGAAAUCAGAAAUUGAUGAGCACUUACCAAUCUAAGAAGCUGAAACUGGUUUCUUAACAGAUUAUUGCAGAGAAAAUCCAGCUACUGCUGAAACUGCCAGACAAUAAUACAAGAUCAGAGUUGAAAAGCAUAAAUAAUAAAAGUUAAAUAUGGAUAAGAUGUUUGGAGACUAAUGAUAAUAAUAAUUUUAGAACAUUUAUUUUUAAAAUCAGUUUUUUU